AUGGUCUGCUCAAAGUGCCAAAAGAAGGUCGCGAAAACGGAGCUGGUCACGCCGGCAGUCAAGAAGAAGAGCGAGAUGUAUUAUGGAUCUCACCUAGGCUCUUCCGCCGGCGGCGGUGGCACCCGUGGUGGCGAUAGUAAAAAGUCAUCGGCGACUCUAGGGAAUACUGGUGUCUCAAAGAAUAAGCUCCUCAGUAAGAAAGCCCAGAAUCCGUACGCUGCGUAUUCAAGUUCUUGUGAGAGCUGCAGCUCGAAAACAAGCCAGGGAUGGAAAUACUGCCAGACGUGCAGCUAUCGGAAACAGUUAUGCGCAAUGUGUGGCAAGAGCUUGAAUGCGUCUGGUGCAUCAAAAGCCCAACCAAUUGUUCAGGGUCAAAAAUACAACUCGAAAUAA